AUUACAUACGUUGUGUUACUGUGAGAGAGCUUGCAGUCUGCUCUCUCUGGUGCUAGAAAUCUCCAGAGCGAUUUGUGGCGCCCUUUAACGACCUGUUGUGAAACGAGAACCAUAAUUAUUUAUACAUAAACCAAACGCGUUGAUAACAAGACACCAACAUGGCGAACUGCGAUGACAGUGGUGGCCAAUUAGUUGCUAUUGAGUCGGCACUGUUGCUAGUUGUAUCAGGUCUUGUUGCAGCUUUCGUCAUUUUAACUGUUAACGGAUCGCCAGCAAUGGAUGGGAGGACGGAAACAAUCCAUGUUAAAAGACCACAGGAUCACAGGGUACCAAAACUGGACACGGGAAAACUGAUUAUCGACACAGACGCUGGUGUAGAUGAUGCUGUAGCAUUGUUCCUUGCUCUCGGAUAUGAAGCGAGGCAGCUGAACAGCAAUGUCCGAAUCAUGGCCAUCACUUGCGUGUUUGGCAACACCGACGUCAAUAACGUGGCCCUAAACGUGCUCAAAGUGCUCAAGACAGCAAACAGGUUGGAUAUCCCCGUGUACCGCGGCGCCUCGCGAUCUCUCCUGGUAACUCCGCCUAUAGACGACUUCUAUGGGAAAGACGGGUUAGGGGACUUCGUGUACCCUGACCCGCCCAACCCCGCCGAAUACCUGAAGAAGGAACACGCGGCCGUCGCGCUGGUACGGCUCGCCUCGCAAUAUCCAAAACAAAUCACGCUCCUGUGUCUCGGUCCGCUGACAAACGUGGCUCUUGCUAUCCGCCUGGACCCCUUCUUCGUCACGAACCUAAAACAAGUUGUUGUACUUGGUGGGAGCACGGAAGGAUUUGGUAACGUAAUGCCUGGAAUAGAGUUCAAUUUCUAUGCGGACCCAGAAGCCAGCUUCAUUCUUUUCGACUCGGUGAAUGCAAGUGACAGUAACAUGAACCCCAUACUUCUGUUUCCAUGGGAGUCAGUUGUGAAACGUAACACUAUACUUAGGCAAUGGCGCAAGGAAGUGCUGGGCUCCGUGAGCAGCCAACAAAUACGCUUUCUCAACCUCGCUGAAAGAGGGAAUCUGGAUGAUAGCAAAGAAGCAGACUGGCACUGCGCCGACGCUCUGGUCACAGCGGUCACCCUUGACCCCAGUCUGAUGGGUCAGACUUCGGACUGCUACAACGCAAUGCCUGAAGUACAAGGCCUGAGGGCAAGGGGAUCUCUCUUCGUGGACUACAACAGCUUGCUCAAAGACGCGCCAUGUAAUGUCGUAAUUGUGGAGAAAGUGGAUAUAUUGCGCUACAAGAGAAUGCUUCUCAGCUUACUCGCUUAGACCCCGAGUGUAACUGGUAGUGCUCAUAUGGCAUUUGCAGUUUGUGGUGGGAGUUACUGAAACGGAGUUCCUUGCAUUCAAAAUGAGGCUGAAAGUCAUAAUGAAUUAAUGAGUAGGAUAAAUAUUCUAGUGCAGUAUCUCUCCGAUGCUAAAAUGAAAUAAAAUGUAUUAAUUUGUACAGUUUUGUACCUAUACAUCUUUUGUUUUCA